CAGGACGUGCGCGUGGUGGAGGCGGCCGUGCCUGUGGCGACCGACCCUCAGGACGUCAUCCUGCGCGUCACCUCCACCGCCAUCUGCGGCUCAGACCUGCACCUGUACACAGGCGAGUUGCGGUCGAUGCCGGGCAUGAAGAAGCAUGACAUCUUAGGUCACGAGUUCAUGGGAAUGGUGGAGGAGGUGGGGCCCGAGGUGAAGGAGGUGCGCAAGGGCGACCGCGUGGUGGUGGCCUUUGACAUCGCCUGCGGCACCUGCUUCUACUGCCGCAACAGCUACUACACCAGCUGCGACAAUACCAACCCCAGCAAGGAGCAGGAGAUGAUGUAUGGCCACCGCUCCGGAGGGUUCUUUGGGUACAGCCACCUGACGGGCGGCUGGGACGGCGGGCAGGCCGAGUACGUGCGCGUCCCUUUUGCCAACCUGAACUGCCUCAAGGUGCCUGCCAGCCUGUCGGAUAACCAGGUGGUGCUUCUGUCAGACAUCCUGCCCACCGCGUGGCACAGCUGCGAGCUGGGGGAGGUGGCGGAGGGGGACCGCGUCGCCAUCUGGGGCGCCGGGCCGGUGGGGCUGCUGGCGGCCCACUGCGCCUUUGCGCGCGGCGCUCAGCGCGUCAUCCUCAUCGACCGAGAGGAGGAGCGCCUGGCCUUUGCCCGCGAGCGCAUCCGCAACGGCACCGUGGAGACCAUCAACUUCACAAGUGGGGGGGCAAGCAGCGUGGGCACAGGCUGCCCCUUCUGGCACCCCUUCCUCCCCCUUGCCUUAAUCCUCGCCUCCUCCUGCAACCCCGCAGUCGGCUUGCACUACACCUCCUCCUGGCUGCACUACUUUGAGACGGCGCUGAAGCUGGAGACCGAUCCGUCUGAAAUUGUGAACGAGCUGAUCGAGUGCUGCCGCAAGGGCGGCCGCGUGGCCAUCGCCGGCGCCUAUGCGGGCUACUGCAAUCACUUCAACAUCGGU